AUGAAAGUAGCUAUCAUUUUCUUCGCUCUUGUAGCUGUAGCCCUUGCUGGCAACCCUGACGCUGAUGCUACAGUUCUUAGAAACGACUUGGACAACAUUGGAGUUGAAGGAUACAAUCAUGCAUACGAAACUAGCAACGGAAUUUCAGCACAAGCAGAAGGUCACCUAAUCAACGCCGGAGCUGAAAAUGAAGCUGUAGCUGUUCGCGGUUCGUUCCAAUACACCGGACCAGAUGGCGUUGUCUACACUGUCACUUAUGUAGCUGACGAAAACGGUUUCCAACCUCAAGGCGCUCAUUUGCCUACUGCGCCUCCUCAAUAAGUUUUGACUGAUGUGAUGCUAGUGAUUAGGUUUAAGUUGAAAAGUUAAUAGAAA